AAACACAAUGGUGGUUGGGAAGUAGAGAGAGUUUACAAGUCAGUUGGUUUUCCUAACAUGUUCUUCUUCUUGGCCUCUGCCUCAAAAGUUCGAAACCAUUAAUAUUAGGAUUAACUUAAUUGUAUCAUGGGCUCCACAAAUGUAACUCUUAGACUCUAUAUAAAGGCCACAACUGAACCUACUUAAACCUCAAACCAUAAAUCAUUUCUAUAUCUCAAACAACACAAUUAGCAUCAUCUCUCUAAUUCUCAUCUUCUCAUGGACUUGAGCUUUUUCUUCUCUUCAUCAACCUCAUCAACUCCUGCUCCGCAGGAGAAGAAGAGCAAAAGAAAGCAACAAGACAAUGGUAAUACCAGCACAAAUGCAACAGCAGUAGCCAGUGGCACGAGGUACCUUGGAGUUCGCCGGAGGCCAUGGGGUCGUUAUGCAGCGGAGAUACGUGAUCCGGCAACUAAAGAAAGGCAUUGGCUUGGCACGUUUGACACAGCGGAGGAGGCGGCAGUGGCCUAUGACCGUGCCGCCCGUUCACUCAGAGGAGCACGAGCUCGAACAAAUUUUGCAUUCCCCGACCUCCCACCAGGUUCCUCCUUGACUCCAUUCCUCUCCCCGGACAUCACUGCUCACCAGACCACACUCCUGCCACCUUACUUCACUGGCACCAUGCAACAAGACUCUACUCAUUCUCAUUGUGUUCACGUUCAUCAACAGAGUAACCAUCUUGCUAAUAAUAAUGAUCUAGUAGUAGCAGAGCAGGAGGCUUACAUUCCAUCUGGUGUAGUCCCUGAGGUUGCUAUUAAUACGCCAGAAUGCACUUCAGAGACAGUGGCCCAAGAGAUGAGCUGGUUUGAUGCAGAGGAGGUCAAUGCAUGUGCAUGGAGUGGAGCUGGUUACUUUGAAGAAGGCUACGUGCACAGCCCAUUGUUCGGGCCAAUGCCAACAGUGGACGAGGCUUCGCCAAAUGACGGAUUCCAGCUAGGCGGCAGCUCUUACUACUAUUAAAGUUUAAAACAAAACACUGAAGGUGGUAGAGGUGGU